AUGUAUCAAGCAAACCAAGUGGAUGAGAAUCGGGGCCUCGAGCUGGCUGAUAUGGGGCCUCAGGGUCGAGCUGGGCACCUUGUGCAUCAAGCUAUGGAGAAGGUUAAGAUUAUUAAGGAGCGGUUGAAAACUGCUCAGAGCCAUCAAAAGUCCUAUUCGGAUGUUUGUCAAAGAGAUUUGGAAUUCAAGGAAGAUGAUUGGGUGGCAUACAAGCUUGAGCUACCAUCUGAGAUGUCAUUAGUACACCCGGUGUUCCAUGUGUCCAUGUUGAAGAAGGUAGUUGGAGAUUCAUCCGCUAUUGUGCCGGUUGAGACUAUUGAGGUUAAUGAAGAAUUGUCGUAUGGAGAAAUUCCAGUUGCCAUUCUUGAUAGGCAAGUCCGAAAGUUAAGGAAUAAAGAAAUUUCCUCCGUGAAAGUGUUAUGGAAAAACCAGAAGGUUGAAGAGGCCACUUGGGAGGCCAAGGAAGAAAUGAAGAAGAAGUACCCUCACUUGUUUGGAUAG